GAAAACAUCCAGAAAAGUUAGCUAGCGCGUGAGCUAGCGCGGCCAGGGCUAACUGGCUGAACGACAGCUAGCCGCUAGCUUCAGCGAGCUAGCGGCUAGCAGGCGAAUGUCAACGAGUCGACUAACCUCCGCUAACUAGUUAACCUCAGUCAGCCGACCGCAUUUAGCACGCUGACUAGCUUAUGUCAACUAGUCGGUUCAUAGCCCGAUGUCAAUAAGACCACUAGCUAUAGCAGUUAACUAAGUAACCAGUUUAUGUAGCCGACUAGCCUCAUUCAGCUAACCUGCUAGCUUGCUAGUUCCAGCUAGCUGGUAGCAUUAGCAGUUAGCUCCGGCGUGGUUCGGGGGAUCGGGAGUGUUCUGCGAGCUACAAGUUGCAAGCGACUAACAAUUCGUCACUACGUAUUAAACCAGCGCUGUUAACUGGUUUAAACUGGUAGAAAGCCCCCCCCCCACCAGGAUCAGUCGUGUAAACGGAACCAGGUCCAGCGUCAGCGGGGAGCAGGGCUAGUGGUGUGGGUGCGGGUUAGGGUGACAGUUGGUUCUUUGACAGAUCGGGGAUUGACCUUCACCCAUACUCUUACUCCCGGUCCGCCGGGUAGUCCUACAACCCCCCCACCUUCCGCGGCCCCCUCUCCGGGCGGGACACCGGGUUCACAGUCCAACGGUGCCCCGCUGCAAUAGCGUCUAUAUUAAAAAUAGAGCCCGGAGUGGAUCGGGUUCGCGUCCACAUCGUCUGUGUCCAGUUUGGGAACGCGAGCCGGUUCCGAUGGAAUGUUCGCGGCUGCCGUUUCCGGUCGGCCAUGUUCCCAAUGCUAAUGCUAAAGCUAAAGAAGUUGCCUCGCUCAGUGGGUGGUACACCUCGGCUUUUGUAACGGACCAGAGGGUCGAUUUUUGCAUUCUUUCACGGGAAGCAGAAGGUUGACCGGCGGAUCGGAGCACGACGCCGCGGAGAAGACCUCGGCCUGCCCGGCGGGCAUGUCCCAUCCCCCCGGUAGCCAUGGCAACCGACAAGUGAUCAACUCCACCCUGAAGCAGACCCACCCCGGCUCCGCCUCCUCGACGCUCGCCUCCGCCGCCGGGCCCCCGAGGGCCGCCGGCCGGAACAACGCCGCCGCGGAACUGCGGAGGCAGCAGAGCUCCGACCAGCUGAGGCCCGGGAAGGACAAGGAGGCGGCGCCGGUCCCCAACGGGCUGCCCGGCGGCCCGCUCACCAACGGGUACUCCAGCGGCGGCAGGCCGGCCACCGACGGGCCGGGUGAGGGCGGCUACAGCAGCCAGAAGAGGCUGAGGGCCCGCGGCGCCGCCGCCGCCAUGGUCCGCAACGCCGAGAACGUGAUCCGGGAGGCGGAGAGGGAACCUCGGGGCCCCCCCAGCCCCGACUCCCUUGACAAGGGCCUGUCCUCCCGGCUGGAGGGGCCCCCCCGCGCGGCCCCCCGAGGCGAGGGCCCCGGCGCCACGGCGGUCGACCCCCAGAGGAAGAACGGCGAGGGGAAGGGCGUGGCGGUGUUCGGGAAGAAACCCGACGAGAAGCACAAAGGCGGCGGCGGCAAGCACUUGUCGCCCCCCUCCAAGGAGGACUCGUGGACGCUGUUCAAGCCCCCGCCUGUGUUCCCCGUGGACAACAGCAGCGCCAAGAUCGUCCCCAAGAUCAGUUAUGCAAGCAAGGUCAAGGAGAACCUCAACAAGGAGGCGGCGGCGGCGGCGGCGGCAGCUGUGGCCCCGCCCCCCGCCCCCGUCAGACUGUCCCAGGUGCCCAUGUCCGCCAUGAAGACCAUCUCCUCCGUUAGCUUUACCAACGGGCCCCUCCCGGGGAACGGACACCCUCUGGGGGGGACGUACUUCGCCCCGGGCGCGGCCCAGGCCUCGUGUCUCCCCCCCGGGGAAGCGGGGGCCGCGGCGGGGCCCGGCGGUGACGGGGACGCCUUCGAACUGAAGAAGUGCGCCCUGCUGAUCUACCCUUUAAAUAUGCAACCUGUGCUGCCCAGUGCGCGGCCCCACGACCCGCAGGCACCGCCCACCAAUCAGAAGGCCUUGGGGGAGAUCUUCCAGAACCAGUGGGGGCUGUCCUUCAUCAACGAGCCCGGCCUGGGGCCCGAGGGCAGGGACAAGGCGGCGGCGGCAGCGGGCCCCCCGGCCCCGGAGCCCGUCACGUUCGCCCCGGACUCUCGAAGGACUUGCGUCCCCCACGGCCGCUCGGCCACCUUCGGGCCCCUCACCCCCGAGAGGGAGGACGAGGACAAGCCCGGGGUGAGGGGCCCCGAUAAGGCUCGGCUGGAGCCCAGGGGCCCGACCGGGGGCGGGGGCGGGGCGCAGGCCAGAGAGGGCGGGGCUAAGACGGGCCCCUCCUCCCUGCCCACGCUGACGUUUGGGUCGUCCAAGGACCGUAGCCCCCCCGGGGGUCUGGACCGGAGGGCGAGCUGGGGCGCGUUCGACGUCAGAGCUGCUGUCACCUAUCACACUAAAGAAAUCGAAUACAUUUUCAACCUGCAAAAACAAGAUCCAAAAAGGGUGGUGGUGUAUAAGGAGAGCCAAGAUGGAGCCCACCAGUGAGCCCUCUACGCUGGGCCAGCCUCACCUGGGGCCAGCCCUCACCUGGGGACGGUCUCACCUGGCGCUGCGGUCUACAACGUCCUGAAGUCCGGACUCCUGUGGGACGACAACACCAGCGGUUGUGAAGCGAGAGCGAGGGGGUGACGCUGGGACCACACUGCAGAGCUCGGGGCGUGGGGCGUAAGGGCCCGUAACAUUUAGAAACCAAUACUUUGGGGCGUCUCUGGGCACGAACCCUGGGAGGGGAGUGACACUGCGUCGGACCUCCAUCUCACGGCUUCCUCGGACUCCCGUCGAGGGGAGGGGCCAGUGUAGCUUGGCCACACCCCUCUAGUCCCCCCCCCCCCCCCCCCCCUGUCCCGUCGGCCAACGAACUGUGGCGACCUCCAGUCUGACUCUAGGCCGGGUCGCUGCGAUGGGGAACUCUUUGUGCGUUGAGUGGAGCGAGGGAGAGGUGACGGUGGAACGCUUAAAAAAACAAAAACAAAAACAGAAAAAAACACAAAAAAACCAGAGGAGGAGCAGAGCGCCUUGAUUGGCCGCUUGGUCUUCGCACGCGCUUAGACACGCCCCCGAAGCGACGAGGGAAAACUUGUCUUAAAUACAGGACUUGAAAACCCAUGGAUAUUUUAUUUUUUGACGGCCAUUUUGUUGAAACCAUGAUUCAGUGUUACCUGAAGCCAGAACGCGGACACGCGUCUCCAACGAUGAAACCCCGCUUCUCUUUCAGAUCCUUUAUCCACGGCCCAGAUGCAACGUUUAUUUUUUCCGUGGUAGGGUCUUUGUCUGUGUCCGAUUCGAAAACGUUUUAAUCUUUGCACAUUUCAUGUGUUUGCUUCGGAGGGAUGUGUGUGUGUGUGUGUGUGUGUGUGUGUGUGUGUUUGUGUGUGUCUGUCCUGUCGCCUUCUCAGUGGUGUGACGAUGAGAAGGGGCAGAGACUAAGGUGAAAGGUCGAGGGAGAGAGAUACUAGGGGGGGUUUUCUGUUUCUGCGGCGAUCGGUUAUGCUGAAAGACUCAAGAUGUUUCAAUCUGUUUUUGCCCCCCUCCAUUUUCUGUUUUUCUGGAGAAAUAUAUAUUUUUCGGUUCGUUGAUUGUUAUUUCUUUUUCAUCACAGUUAAGAUGAUUUUCUUUUGCUUGCGCGGCUUGUAGUUUUCAGGUUUCUGCUUGGCGAUGGCAUUGUGUGUGUUUGUGUGUGUGUUUCUUUUUGCAUGUGACCUGGUGGAGGUGGAGGA